CUCUAGGCUACACUCGCACUUUGACCGAAACACAAACCUAGAGCCUCUCUUAUAGUACGUGACAAAUACCUCAGCCGCUUGUCGUACACUCCUCUCCCCUCGACGGUUAGAUAGACUGCAACUCGCACCGCACGACCUGACUUUUUCUCCCCGCCAUCCCUGCCCACCAACCCCGCCAAUCUGCCCAUCAUAGGCCGCCGACGCCGCGAGAAACAUCCCAAGGGCCGGCCCAACUCCAACCGGCCGCGCAAGAAGAUGGGUAACGAGGAGUCGACGAUGCUGGACGACAGCGUCCAGCCCAAGACGCUCGAGUCGCGCUCGCUGGAGGCCAUUGCUGAUUACAUCAAAUCCGGCGAUGUGAAAAAGAUUGCCGUCAUGACCGGCGCCGGCAUCUCCACAGCCGCUGGCAUUCCCGACUUCAGAUCUCCCGGCACCGGCCUCUACGCCAACUUAGCCCGCCUCAACCUCCCCUACGCCGAAGCCGUCUUCGACAUCUCCUACUUCCGCAAGCACCCCGAGCCCUUCUACUACCUCGCCAAGGAGCUCUACCCGGGCAAAUUCCACCCCACCGUCUCCCACGCCUUUAUUGCCCUGCUCGCGAAAAAGGGUCUCCUGCAGAUGAACUUUACACAAAACAUCGACUGUCUCGAGAGACGCGCCGGCGUGCCGGACGACAAGAUCAUCGAGGCGCACGGCAGCUUCGCCACCCAGCGCUGCAUCGAGUGCAAGGACCCCUUCCCCGCCGACCGGAUGGAGAAGCACGUCCAGGACGAGAACGUGCCCAAGUGCGAUUCCUGCGGCGGGCUCGUGAAGCCGGAUAUCGUCUUCUUUGGGGAGGCGCUGCCGGAGGCGUUCCGCGAUAAUACACACCUGCCCGCCGUGGCUGAUUUGAUUGUGGUCAUGGGGACGAGUCUCUCGGUCUAUCCCUUUGCUGGCCUGGCCGAGGCUUCGAAAUCUGGCGUGCCGCGGUUGCUGCUCAACAGAGAACGGGUGGGACAGAUGGGUCGCAGAGCGGAUGACGUUGUUGAAUUGGGGACGUGCGAUGCUGGGGUCCGUAAGCUUGCUGCCCUGCUUGGCUGGGGCGAUGAGCUAGAGGCGCUCUGGCGCGGUAUCGUGGGCGAAAAGGAGGCCGAGAGGCAGCUUGCGUCAGCGGCUGGCGAACGCGAGGAUGAUUUGGAGGAGGAGAUUCGGAGAGUUACCGAGGGCGUCGACACGGCGCUCAAGCUCGACGACAACAAGGACGAGGAAAAGGACGAGGAAAAGGACGAGGGUGCCACGGAAGAUACCAAGGAAACGGAAGAAGUCGGCUUUCCUUUACGGCAAGACGGCGGAAGCGACACCGAGGACGCGCAGAAGAGCAUCCCCGAGGGCGUCGUGCAGAGAAUGUCAAAGGCGAUCCAGGGGCAAGGGGGCGAGAUUGGCACGGACAUCAAGGACGAUCGCGGCCGCGAGGGGAGAACCGUCAACGGAUCCGAAGGCGCACCGCAGGACGCAAAGGACUUCCGGAUCGAGGCCAAGAAGAAGAUUCAGCUUGCGGCGCAGGGGGCGGCCACCCCUCUCGACGAGGUUGCCAUCGUUUUCGACGCUUCUGCUCCUGUGGCUGAGAUGAAGCACGAGGACCCCAAGAGCUCUGAGUUGCUGAGUGGGGUUUCUCGGUAUGAGGAGACGACCGCGCCUGCUGCUGGUGUGGACAAGGAGUCGGCGGUGGGUGCGAAGGCUGAGUCGGCUUCUGCUUCUGCGACGGCACAAGAAGCCCCUGGGAGUGUAGAGAAAGAGGAGAAGUCUUCAUCUGGUGAUUCCAAGUUAUGAUCUUCCACCGACGAUACCUACUCCUAGUCUCCUUUGAACAUUACAUCACACAGUCACAGCCGCACCUUAGAUAGCGGUCAAGUCUUCUAUAUCUCGCUUAUACCCACAUCGCGGAUUCGCGUUGGUUACACUCCAUGCCUCUGUUUUCAAGUGGUAUAUGGAUAUCUAUAUCUCGUCCCUGUUCUGAUCCGUUCUUCCACGUGUGUAUGAUGACUACUUAUUAACGAUCUUUGAUUCCUAGACGUGUAAGGAAGACUUCUUGCGUUUCGAUUUUAAGAAGAGAAUAAAAACAUCUAAAAAGGUCAUCGAUAGGGAAUCGAACAAAAGGUCAAGUUGACAGUGGCUCGAGGACUUUCAAGUUAAUACAAAGACCCCCCCAUCACACCCCUCGGCCAC